AUGGAAGAGAAGAAGACAGAGGAGUCCGUGAAGGACACACCCGAGGUGAAGACAGAGACGCACUCUGCGACCGUGGACGCCAACCCCGAGGAGGACACCACUUUGAUACCUGCGACGGAGGACGCCAACCUCGAGAGGAGCCAGACUCCAUGCCCUGCAUCAAGAGACGCCCAGAAUGAGGAGAAGAUCACAACUAUCGUUAAGGUCCACACUCCACCAGCCACUGUUUCUCUAGGAGUCACUGUAACCCCUGCAGUCGAUGCCCCCAUGGAAGUAGGUGCCUCCCCCGACGCCGAAGAAAUCGAGACAGCUGCAAGUGAUGCCUCCGUGGACCCUGUGUCACCUGCACACCCCCACGAGAAACCGAUACCCCCAGCCACUAGGACGGGCAACCCCAGUCAGGCUUCGACGUCACCCUGCACAGCUGCUAACCUAGUUCCUGACCACAUUCUGUGGGCCCCCCUGACAACUUACAAGAAGUUAAUCUGGGCUAUUGCCCAGAAGGACGAUAAUUUCCUACCAAUUUUGCGAAUUUUCGCCACCUCCCUGAUCAACUUGAGGGCACCCAUAGAAUUUGCAGUAAUGCCACCUUUUCCGCCUCUGGACACACCCCAGGAUGAUGCUGAGAUGGGGGACGGUCAACAAGCUACUCGCAUCGCCAAGGAAAUCCCACAGAUGGCCCUUGUAGACCCCCAGCCCGUCUCCAAACCUUCGAAUCCGGCACCAGAUGCCAUCUUUAGUUCUGAUGCAGCCACUGCUGCCACCUCAUUGAAACUCAGUUCCAGUCUUCCUACUGAUGCACUCGCUGCCACUCCUACACCACCCCCUACACCAAGUACCCCAGCAUCCACACUAGAUAACACUGGACAAAGGCCUCAUCCCACUGGGAUUAAAAUCCCCACCCCUUGCGAGAUCGCCUCCAGUAACUCAGACAUACUGAAGGUUCACGCCACCGAGGAUGAACAGUUGGAGGAAGCUGCGCGCCUCACGCCCAAGGAACCCUCCACCACAAUCCUCCAGCCGCCACCGACGUCGCUAGUGCCUCAGGAGCCAAGUAUCCUAGAGCUUUUUCAACAGAGAUUAGAGGAACCCCUGGCCCCAAUUCUCCCAGACGUCGAGUGCAAAGAUCUGCCGCCCCCAAGGAAGGCUAAACGCGGCGUUAGGUGCCACCAGUGUCAUGGUUAUGGCCAUGGCUAUCCAGAGUGUUGCAGUGUCGUCAAGAACCUCAACUGCACUAGCAGGUCCAACGCUGCUCUCUCGACCAAUCGAGAAGCCACCAGUGCCUAUUCUACCUCUCGACCUCAGCCCUCAGCCAGUACUGAGAGAGUUUCCGUCCAGGACAGACUAGGACGCGCCAGAUCUCAGACCUACGCUGAAUCUACUGCGAAAUGCCUCAGGCCAUCACCAGAACCCCUGAAGAUGAACCCCACUAUCGAUGCUCCCAGAGCCACCCCUUCAAUCGACGAUGCUGCUGCAGCUACACUCCCAACAGAUGCUCCCAGGGCCAAAACCUCCACCAAUCCUUCAGGACUCCCACCAUCGCCCUCAGGACAAAUGACUUGGCCUUCAUUGCCUGCUGCACCAACAACAGCUGCCUCCCAGGACAACCCAUCCACCACUUCUACAACUGCACACGUAGUGCCACCUGGGUCGGUCAGAAUUUCUACCAGACAAGGACGCGACCCCAUCACACUUACCACCCUGGCGCCAAUGACGACAGAUGAGUGGUUGGAGAACAUCGUGACAAUAGACCCCACAGCGCUCGCUCGAUUCUUGGAAAGGCAAACCCCGAAGAAGCCACCCCAGUAG